AUUAACUUCUUCGCCAUGAAAGAUGAGGAGUUCGCCCAGGGCUUGGAACAAUUCGCCUAUAGUCUGCUCGACCAGCUGUGCCGGGCCAAUCCCGGCCAGAAUAUCAUCUACUCUCCGCUGUCCGUAAGGACUUCUGCAGGCAUGCUGCGGAUGGGUGCGACGGAGGGAUCGGUCACAGCCAAGGAGUUGGACGAGGCACUCCGAUUUGGGGAAAGAGAUACGCAAGAAGUAGCUGAGAGCUUUGAAACCCUUCUUAAAUACUACAAACAGUGUCAGUCCCUAAAUAUGGUCAACGGUCUCUAUGUGAUGAAGGGUCAUGAGCUUGGUGGGCAGUUCAAAAACAUACUAGAGAAUAAGUUCUACUCCAAGCCAAUGGAUAUUGACUUUGGAGGCGACCAAACUGCCAGUAUUAUUAAUCAAUGGGUGGAGUCGCAGACCAAUAACCUGAUAAAGGACAUCAUUGGCCCUGGAGUUCUAACCCAGGACACUCGGCUGCUGCUUAUCAAUGCCAUUCACUUUAAGGGAAAUUGGUCAAUUAGAUUUAAUGAAAGCGACACUAAGGAGGAGGAAUUCUUCUUGGAGCCUGGAAAACCUUUUAGCGUAAGGAUGAUGCACGUAUUGGAUAACUUCUCCUUUGCCGCGCUGCCCAAGCUGGAAGCCACUGCCCUGAAAAUGAACUAUAGUGCUUGUAAUCUGGCCAUGAUCCUUAUACUGCCGGAUGAGAAAUCCAGUCUCACGAACCUGGAAAACAAAUUAACAGGCACUUCCCUACAAGCUUUGUCAUCUUCUAUGACCCUAGAAAAAGUUGAUGUCAAGAUUCCUAGCUUUAGAGCCGAAUUCCAGCAGGAACUAUCAGAGGCGUUUAAGCUGAUGAACAUGAGCCGUAUAUUCAGCGAACAGGCUGAGUUUGGCUCAAUGCUGAAGUCCCAGGCACCUCUAUUUGUCUCCAAGGUCAUACACAAGGCCUUCAUAGAGGUCAACGAAGAGGGAACUGAAGCUGCAGCCGCAACAGCUGUGGUCGUCUCAUUAAGAACCGUGCCUGUCCCUCAGCAUCCACCAAAGAUGUUUCAUGCCAAUAGACCCUUCUUCUAUGCGAUCUAUGACGAGUCCCAUGGUGUCCUCUUUGUCGGACACUUUAAUACCACGAAUUUGGAAAAGUCAAAAAAAUGUAAAUCAUGUACUUAUAAAAACGAAUGCAAAUACAUCAGUCCUCUGCAAUUACAUAAAUUUAUGAAACGAAGCACACCUCAUCCACGCUCGAUUUGGAUACUUACAGCUUGCUGGUUGCUCCCCCUGCUCUGCCUAGCCCUCUCCCUCAGCCCGCUGGUCCGCUCCUCUGACGUCACCAUGGCCGACGCCGCUCGCCAGGAGUACGCCCGCCGGCUGGCCCUCUUCUCCAUCAACGUAUACGGAAAGCUGGCGGCACAGAAGCCCGGCGAGAACAUCGUCUUCUCGCCCUUCUCCAUCCAGACCUGUGCGGCAAUGGCCCGGCUGGGCGCCGAAGGCGAGACUGCCAGCCAGUUGGACCACGGCUUGGGCCUGGCCUCCAGCGACGCUGCCCAAAUCGCCCAGACCUUCCACCAGGUGCUGGCCGCGUACCAGGACAGCCAGAUCCUGCGCAUCGCCAACAAGAUCUUCGUGAUGGAGGGCUACCCGCUGCAGCAUGAGUUUGAUGAGUUGUUGACCAAGCAGUUCCUGUCGGCCGCGCAGAGCGUAAACUUCGUGAAGAACGUCGAGGCGGCGGCCACUAUCAACAGGUGGGUGGAGGGGCGCACCAACAACCUGAUCAAGGACCUGAUCCCAGCCGACCUGCUGAACCGCGACUCGCGAAUGGUUUUGGUGAACGCCAUUCACUUCAAGGGCAUCUGGCAGCACCAGUUUCCCAAGCAUGCCACCCGGCCGGACACCUUUUACCUGGAUGGCGAGCGCUCCGUUCAGGUUCCGAUGAUGGGACUAAAGGAGCGGUUCCGCUAUGCCGAUCUGCCGGCGCUGGACGCCACGGCCCUGGAGCUGCCCUACAAGGACUCGGAUCUCUCCAUGCUGAUCGUUCUGCCCAACAGCAGGACGGGUCUGGCCGCUCUGGAGGACAAGCUGCGCAUCACAGCUCUCUCGCAGAUCACACAGGCACUGCACAAAACCCAGGUGGUGGUAAAGUUACCCAAGUUCAAGGCCGAGUUCCAAGUGGAGUUGAAGCAGGUUUUCCAGCAGCUGGGCAUGACUAAGAUGUUUACCGACCAUGCUGAAUUCGGCAAGAUGCUGCAGAGCCCCGAGACUCUAAAGGUGUCAGCCAUCAUACACAAGGCCUUUAUCGAUGUGAACGAAGAGGGAACCGAGGCUGCAGCUGCCACGGGCUUUGUGAUGCGUACGAAACGCGCCAUUACCUCGCUUGAGGAACCCAUUGAGUUCCUCGCCGAUCAUCCAUUCACCUAUGUCCUUGUCCAUCAGGAUGACCUGCCUCUGUUUUGGGGCUCAGUUGUGCGGCUCGAGGAGAAUGACUCUGUCUCCAGCGAGCAUGAUGAACUGUGAUGGUACCUUAUUUUAUGUCAGAUCAAUAAAGGCAGUUUUUUAAUUUA